UCCUCCUCCUCUCUCUCCUCCUCCUCCUCAGUGGGAGCGAUCGAUGACUCCUUGCUCCUGAUGUUGUUCUGGAUCCUGACCGGUCUGUCCGUGUUGGGUUUGUUCUCUCAGCGUUACGGGCUGCAGCCUCUGACCCUCGCUCUGAUCCUCAGGUCCAUCUAUCACCUGGGCAUCGGAAACACGCUCAUCCUGCUGGGCUCGCUCAAUCUGAUCAAUAAGAUUGUGUUUGUGGUGAGCUUCGUGGGGAACAACGGCACGUUCAUUAUGGGCUACAAGGCGAUGGUGAUGGACGUGGAGUUCAACUAUCACCUGGCCUACGUGCUCACCUCCACGCUGGGACUGUUCGUCCACGAGCUCUUCUACAGCAUCCUGCUGUUUGACCUGAUCUAUCGGGAGGAGACUCUGUUCAACGUGAUAAAGAGCGUGACGAGGAACGGCCGCUCCAUCCUGCUGACGGCGCUGCUCGCUCUCAUCCUCGUCUACCUCUUCUCCAUCGUGGGCUUCCUGUGUCUGAAGGAGGACUUCAUCAUGGAGGUCGACCCGCUGGCGCAGAUCGCUGCAGCUCCUCAGCAGGAUGAAGCCUCUCAGGAUUUCAUGAACUCGUGCUCUACAGACGGAGUGAGCUGCACCGCUGAGACGCAGGAAGUGGCAGCGGCUGAGGAGGAAGAGGCAGACUCGGAGCGAGCGUGCGACACUCUGUUGAUGUGUAUCGUUACCGUGUUGAAUCACGGCCUGAGGAACGGAGGAGGAGUCGGUGACGUUCUCCGCAAACCCUCCAAAAAUGAGCCGUUGUUUGCAGCCAGGGUGGUGUAUGAUCUGUUGUUCUACUUCAUCGUCAUCAUCAUCGUCCUCAACCUGAUCUUUGGUGUCAUCAUCGACACGUUUGCCGACCUGAGGAGUGAGAAACAGAAGAAAGAGGAGGUCCUGAAGACCACCUGUUUCAUCUGUGGUUUGGAGAGGGACAAGUUUGACAAUAAGACGGUGUCGUUCGAGGAGCACAUCAAACUGGAGCACAACAUCUGGAACUACCUUUACUUCAUCGUGCUGGUGAGAGAGAAGAACAAGACGGACUACACGGGACCCGAGAGCUACGUCGCACACAUGAUCAAAAACAACAACCUGGACUGGUUUCCUCGGAUGCAGGCGAUGUCUCUGGUGAUUACGGAUGGUGACGGGGAGCAGAACGAGAUGAGGAUGUUACAGGACAAACUGUCGUCCACGAUGAAGGUGGUGACCACGCUGACCACGCAGCUGACUGAGCUCAAAGAGCAGAUGACAGAGCAGAGGAAGAGGAGGCAGAGGAUGGGAUUUGUGGACGUGCAGGCCGGAGGCAGCGCGGCGCUGCCCCCUAGUGCCGCAGGAGGAAACCACCAGAUGUACAAAAGCUAAAGAGCGAGCGCCGGAUAUGGACCGACACGAUCUCCAGCUGUUAGCCACACGGCUGCACCGAUGGACUGAUGCAGAGGAGGAAAUCACUGAAAAGAAAAACACUAGAAUAUGUUUAUCAUAAGCUCCUCACAAAAAGCACAACAACAUGUUUUUACUUUCCAGAGUGAGUCAUAUCUGUUCCUCUUCCGACUGAGUCAAAAACUUUUCAUUUUAAUUUUACAGUAAAAGAAAAAAUCUGUUAGUCACGUCAGAGAGAGAAAAUGUUACCGUCUUAAAGUGUGACUGAUCGAUCUGGCUGUUUUUAUGUUCCGCCCUCGUCUGCAGUGCUCGCCAACUCUCCUAGAAGCUCACCUGAGCAGGUAUAUAAUCAAGACUUUCUGAUGUUUGACCUCAAUAAAGCCAGCACUCAUGUUUUUA